CACCGGGUUUCUUCUUCCAGGAAGCGCGUCGGGCAAUCGGAUGCUCUGCAGGAAUGCCUGGGAGAGAGAGCAUCCCUUCUGUCGGUCUGUGAGAGAGAGAGAGAAGAGCCCGCGGGGAGGAGGUGGAGGAGAGGAGGAGAGGAGGAAAGGAGGAGGGGUGGCGAUAGGAGAGAGGAGCAGACAUGGCUUCUAGAGAGAUCACUGGUUUCGUGAGUGUGACCAAGGAUAUCACAGAGAGCAUCAAGAAGACGAUUGACAAAUCAUCGAUCAAGUUUGUGUGCGGUAUAAAGCUGGAAACCAAAAAUGGCAAAACAGAAGACCGGAUCCUGGUCCUCACGACAUGGCGUCUUUAUUUCCUGGCUCCAAAGAUCCCCGCUAAGGUUGAGUCCACGUUCAACUUCCUGGAGAUUCGAGCUCUGAAUUCUCACCCCGAGCACCAAGUCAUCAUCGACACCGAUAAAUCCAGCUACUCUCUGAGGUUCGAGUCCCGUGAACACCUCAACAACGUGGUCAGCCAUAUUAACUUUGCUCUGUCCCGAAUCUUCAACAACUCCAUAUUUGCCCCCUCCAUCUGUCACUCAGACAGCGACCUUUCUGACGGCAGCAGGAAGUACUCACCCAGCUCAGAGACAUCAGUGGAGACGCAGAGAGCCUGUGGAGGAUUCUCAGAGACGUACUCGGCUCUGUGCGACUAUAAUGGCAUCAGCUGCAAAGAGGAGGUCCAGUGGGAUGUGGACACCAUCUAUCACUCCCAGGACAGCCGAGAGUUUAACCUGCUGGACUUCAGCCACCUGGAGAGCAGGGACUUGGCCGUGAUUGUUGCAUCGAUGGCAUACAACACCUGGUUCACUAAACUCUACUGCAAAGACCUGCGCAUUGGGUCGGAGGUCACGGAGCAGGUCCUGCACACAAUCAGCAAAUCCUCCAGCCUGGAGGAGAUAACACUGGAGAACGCAGGGUUAAAAUCAGACUUCCCUCAGAAGAUGUCCGCCGCUCUGUCAGAGAAUCCAGCGUCCGUCAUCCACUCACUCAACCUGGCUCACAACUCACUGGACAACCAAGGUGUUUCCAACCUGAUCCAGCAGGUCUGCCGCCUCAGCAAAGGGCUCCGUCUCCUCAACCUCUCCAAGACCUCCCUCACCUCCAAAGGACUGGUGUCUCUCUCUCAGGCUCUGUGCUCCAGCGAUGAAUACUCCAACUCUCUGCUGCACCUGGACCUGAGCAAGAACCCGGGGGUCCUCUCUGGGGAGGACGCCUCGAACUUGUAUUUGUUCCUGUCUCAGCCGAACUGCCUGGUUCACUUGGACCUGUCGGGCACAGACUGCUGUGUGGACUCUCUAUUUGGGGCUCUUCUGAGGGGGUGUUGCGCUGAUCUUUCCUUUCUGAAUCUGUCCAAAAACUCCUUCUCCCACAGGAAAGUGAAGGACACGCUGCCGUUGUUCCGCCAGUUCUUCAGCUCGGCCUUCAGCCUCACUUAUGUCAGCCUGGCCUCUACGAAGCUGCCCCCUGAUGUUCUGAGAGCUCUGCUGACAGGGCUAACCUCCAACCCUCACAUCAACGACCUGCAUCUGGACAUCAGCGGCUGUGAGCUGAGGUCUGCAGGAGCUGCUGUGAUCCAGGAACUCUUCCCCAGAGUCUCCUCCGUCGGCACGCUCGACAUCUCCGACAACGGGCUGGAUGCAGACCUGCUAACAGUCCUGCCAGCGUUCUCCAGACAUCCAUCGCUCAAACACCUUCAUCUGGGCAAGAAUUUCAACAUCAAAAACAGGGUUCUGGAUGAAGUCCUGCAGAAGCUGGUGCAGCUCAUACAGGAGGAGGAGUGUGCCCUGCAGUCUCUCUCUCUAACUGAGUCCCGCCUGCGCUCUCGGGGCACCGUGCUGGUCAACGCCCUCGGCAGCAACACCUGCCUGAGGAAGGUGGACCUGAGUGGGAACAACAUGGAUGACAUCGGGGCUAAGAUGCUGAGCAAAGCGCUGCAGAUCAACACCACGCUCAGGAGUGUGACAUGGGAUCGUAACAACACCUCCGCAACAGGGUUCCUCGACGUGGCGCGGGCACUCGAACAUAAUUUCACCUUGCAGUACAUGCCUCUGCCUCUGAGCGACAUCAGCCAGGCGUACCGCAGCGCCCCCGAGAGGACGGAGCAGGCACUGACGAAGAUCCAGCGCUGUCUGGUGAGGAACAACCAGACUCAGCGCUUCUCUCAGCGUCAGGCUCUGCGGCUGCACCAAGGCCUGGUGACAAGCACGGCCGAGCAGGUGAUGGAGCGCCUGUGUGUGCGUGUUCAGCAGCAGGUGUGUGUGUUACGAGGCGUCGGGGAGAUGGAGGAGAUUCAAGCUGCUAAACAAGUGCUAAAAGAGGCCAGGAACUCCCGCGCUCUGUACCCGUCCCUGUGCGAGCUCGCUCAUGUUCUCUCCGUGGACGGCCCGGUGCGGCAGAGACUCGACUCUCUGGCUGGUGAACUCACAAAGGCUGCAGACAAGGAGCUUCAGGUAAUCGUGGACUCCAUGGUGUCUCUGUGCCGAGAGCUCUGUCCUUUAUCCUCCACUGCAGCAGAGAGGUUGACUCCUCCGCUCUCCUCCGUCUCUGAGCGUGUCUCCAUCCCUCGCUCGGCCAUCAGGACGGCUCUAAUGGAGAGAGCGGCUCAGGACAUCCACCGAGCCUUAGAAGAAGUGAAGCUGUCAGUCGUUUCAUAUCUCACCAAUUCCAUCGUGGACCAGAUCUUGCAGGAGCUCUACGCCACACAUAAGACUCUGACUAGGCAGGUGUCUCAUCUGAAGCGUUGGGAGGGGUCGUGUGAGGAUGGGACAAGCUGGAAGUUUAACAGACACCGAGACUCCCUGGACAUCACAGACGAGGAGCUCAGCACCAGCAUAGACACAAUAGCCAUUAAGAAGCGCAGCUCGAGAACAAGACGAAUACGACCUGUCUCCACCCGGCUGAGUCUGUGCGACGACUCCAGCUCCUCUCCGCCCCCCUCCAUGCCAUCCUACUCCUCUCCACUAUCCCGCUCGGCAUCCUGGGAGGGCCUGUCAGAGCUUCCCACGCAGGGGUUACCUCUUCAUCACGUGACGAGGGUUCGACCGAGGCCUCCGAGGAGGCACAAAGGGGGAUACAUCCCCGCUGAGACGCAUUGCAGUGAAAAUGGGGGAAUAAGCCCUCUGGACGACGGACUCCCAGACUUCUACACUAAAAGAGUUCUCCCUGACAGUCAGCUCUCCUCGCUGCACAAAGCUCACUCUCUGCGGAGGAAGAAGAGGAGAAACAUGCUCGCCAUCUUCAGCUUCCGCAAGAACCGCAAUCAGACGUCGUCCAAUCAGGGGGCGGAGCCUGAGGCGGAGGUUUACGCAGAAGGGUGUCACACUGUGGCGUCGGCACCCACAGGGACGGCCAUGGAGAACGUGUACACGCUCCUCCAGCCUCCGAGGUACGCCACCAGAGCCGGGUCUCCUGGAGAGGGGCCUGAUGGGAAAAAUACUCUUGUGUUGAGUCCGCCAGCUGUGCCAGGCAUCCCUCAUCCGAGCGUGGGAGGAGGCAAACACCCCUUCUUCUCUCCCCGAGAGAUGUCCGAGGUGGACUCUGUGUUCGAGAUGCCGGCGGAGGCGGAUAAGUACUGGGUGGACGACAGACAGAGGACGUCGGAGGUCCUGCUGGAGGAGAAACCGUGGCUGGAGGAGAAACAACGCUUCGACAGCAGAACCGCAGCAGAGUCGAGGACGGGGGACAGAAAGACGGAGCGGUACUGGAGUGAGGGCAGACAGUGGACUGUGGACAGACACACGCAGAGGCAGAUCGACAGGAAGAUAGAGAGGCAGUGGAUGGGCGGCAGACAGAUCGACAGGUCGUGGUCGGAGAACAGACACACGGACAUCCAGGUGGAGAACCAGUGGACGGAGAGCAGACAGACGAGCAGGAAGUCAGACAGACAGGUGCAGGCGCUUCAGCUGGCGCAGAGGCCGCUGCCGCCAUAUCCGUCAGACCGCACGCCUUCGCCGAAACAGGAAACGGAUCCUCUUAAAGGGACAGAAGCCGCUUCUGUCCCGGCUGUGGAGUGGCAGGACGCGCAGGGGGACAGACUGACAUGUGCCGAAGUAGGAGGGCUGACAGAGGAAUGGAGGGGAGGAGGAGGAGGAGGAGGCCGAACCGCUACCUGUGCAUCCAAACCCGACCCCCCUCCUCAGAGCAGCAAACCAAACCUCCCCAAACUGAGACAGAGACAUCGAAUCGAGAGCUCCGAGCCUCUGCCAGGGAUGGAGGAGGAGGAAGAGAUGGAGAGAGAUCCUGUAAAAACAGACAAGAAAGAGAGAGAAAGAAGAAGAGACUCUGAGAGUCAGCCUCCUCCCAUUCCAGAGAAGCCAAAGACGUCCUCGUAUGUGACUUUUCCAAAAGAAGCAGCCAAUGAGAGGAGCUUACCCCCUCCACCUGUUCCGCCUCCUGUAAACAAACCUGUGCUUGGACUACCGGACCGAGCUGCAAGUCAGGGUGAGGAGGGUCUGAGAUCUCAGGCUCCGGUGAAACCACAGAGGAACAGGAAGGCCAUGUCCUGUGACGCAGGCACUGACAGGGAAAGCCCAAAUAACGUUGAGAAGCCCCCAAAUCGCAAACCCCCUGUGAAAAAACCUAGACUACCCCAAAACAGAAAUAAGUCUGUGGAGGUGUCUGACAGCCUGAACUCCGCCUCCGGUCAGAGUGAGCUGUUGUGAUGGCCGAGAUAUUUACCCCGGCGUUAGUGUUGUCAUGAGAACUGAGGAGCAUUUCAUCUGUGAGGAGACAAAGAAAAACACACGAGGAGGAGGGGGAGGGGAACAUGACAGAUAUCACAAAGCAUCUGUUCACACAUCUUUCUUACAGUCACCUCAUCCCUCCCUUUUCUUUCACAUGUUUGUGGCUUCAGUAUUUUAAGUAUUUGCUACUUUAGAAACCUGAUCGAUCAUUCGUCCGUUGUGAUGUUAGACGGUGGGCCGCCUGUCGCAGCGGUGUGGCUUUAGACAGAAGAUAAAAAAGUCUUUAUUAUUAUUAGAAUGUGAUUUCUUAAAUCUGCAUUUCUGACCGCUGAAUCAGCUGACUGCCUCGGUUCACACUUGAAAAUAAGUUGCUUCUUAUCAGAUGAUGAUUUAUAUCUAGUUUUGCUUUCAGGAACUGAAAGGUGAUAUAUUUUAUAGAAAAAUAAAUAUUAUGUAUGAGCACCCUUACUGUAUGAAUAAAACUCU